GGAUGUAGUUCUCGUUCGUGCUGCACGUUGUUCUGCAGCAUGAGCAGCAGCCCGUCCUGGUUGUGAGAGCAGAUGUCUGUAGAGAUGGUGGAGGUGAGAUCAGCCGAGCCGCUCCGGCCUGCCGGGAUCCUACAACAGAACCGGGUCUUCCUCGACUUCUUCUGGGACCUGGCCAAACCGGACCAGGAGGUCCGGCUGAAGGCGGUGGAGAACCUGAUCCAGUACCUGAAAACAGAAAACAAGGCUGAUGAGCUGGAAUACACGUUUAAAAGGCUGGUGGACGGAUUGGCCCACACUCGGGAGACAGCCAGACCUGGGUUCAGCCUGGCUCUGGGGCAGGUGUUAAGUGCCUUUGAAGACGUCUCCCUGCAGAGCAUUCUCAACAGGAUCAACGAAAAACACAACUUACAGGCUGUAAAAAAGAAACUUGCCAGAAAUGCAAUGUUUGGGAACCUGUUUGGCGUCCUCGCUCUUCAUCAGUCAGGACGCCUCGUCAAAGAGCCACAGGUGGUGCUGGGAUGUGUGCAGCUCCUUCAGACUCUGACCCAGCACAAACAGCACCUGAAGGACCUGCCAAGCAAGACCAUGACAGACAUCCUCACUGAGAUACCAGAGGAGGUGUUUGAGGAGGUCCUGCUGGGCGCUCUGCAAGCCGACCUGGCGUCGGCCUUCAGGACUCCAGAGCAGCUGCAGCUGCUGCUGGUGGCCCUGCAACGCUUCCCGCAGGCGCUCAAACCCAAGAAGCUCAAGAAGCUGCUCGGCUCCUCCACCAUCAUCAAUGCAGACAACAUCCCAAAGUUGGUGGAGGUUUUAAAGAUGGCGGCGCGCUCAGUGAAGAAGGAGCUUGUCCUCCCCUCCGUGGCCGUGGACCUGCUGAAGCUCUCUCUGAAGGAAGACAGCUUCCAGCUGUUCUGGAACAAAGCCAUCACCGAAGGCAUGUUCAAGGAGCCAUCCGGACCGACGCAUUACCUGAGCUUCCGUCUGCUGGGCAGCGCCCUACCUUUGCUGUCCUUAUCCCAGCUAAAGGAGGUUUUAUCCGGAGAGGUGAUGAUGCACUACGGCGAACACGUAGUUUCAGCUCAGAAACCGGACCGUUUCAAACUGGCCCCGGAAAUGGACGCCUACGUGUCGGACUUCCUGCAGGGAUGUCGGGACCCUGAUAAACAGCUGGCGGUCGUGGUGAGCUUCUCCUCGCUGACCAACAAUGGUUACCCCGUGGUGCCGUCAGUGUGGAGGGUGGUGCAGCACCUGGAACCCUCGGCUCUGCAGAGCUACGUGAAAUGGCUCAAAGGGAUGUUCCUGCAGCCUCAGACGGACCAGCUGCUGGAUUUCAGCACCCGCAAGCAGAAAGACAAGCAGGAGGGCAAAGAACAGAAAGAGAGCCCCAUAUUCCGCCUGAGGAAGUGGAUUGUCUCUCGACUCGCCUCAAUCAUUGACAACCAUCAGGUGAAGAAACAGGAGGAUCUUAGCAUGGACGUUGCCAGGUUUGUCUUUUUCCACGCUUUCUUCAGCACCAAGAAGGCGGCUACCUCCGACAUCGCAGAGACAAGCGGGAAACUUUCUGUCCCACUGGAUGAUAAAACCAGAGGAGUGCUCGUUAAUUCAUUCUUUGGACUCCUCAUGUCCAUGCACCACAUGCCACCGAGCGACGACAGCACGGCCGUCAGUCAGAAGCGAUCACUCGGUGUAACGUCAGACGGCACCAUGUGGAUCUACCACCUGGUCCAGUACGCCCAGCUCCUGCUCGGCCAUCCCAAACAUGUCCAAAGCAUCCAGCCUUUCAGUGCCGAACAGAAACAAGCCUGGGACGGGAUGCUGGUGUCUGUGGCCAAUCUGAAGAAAAAGGCUAAGAAAGGCGCGACUGCGGAGAGCGGCGCGUUCCAGCAGCUCUUCCUGCUGGUCGGCAUGCAUCUCUUCAAGGCUCCGGAUGAGCUGUUGGACAUCAUGAAGGACCUGCAGAGCUGCAUGGACAAAGCCCAGGAGAAGAAAGCCAAGAAGAAGAAGAAACAACAAGCCACAGAGCAGCAGGAGGAGGAGGAGGAGCCAGAGUGGGUGGAGGUGAUGGUGGACAUACUACUGUCCCUGCUGUCCCAGCAGAGCCGACACAUCAGGCAGGUCUGCAGGACGGUCUUCUCCUCCAUCUGCCCCCACGUUACUGCAGCAGCACUCACCGCCAUCUUAGACGUCUUGGACCCAGACAAGGAAGAUGAGGAGGACGGCGCUGUAGUUGUCACUGACGAUGGAGACAAAACACAGAAGAAGAACCUGAAGGAUGAUGAUGACGAGGAACAAGACGAAGACAUGGAGGAUGACGAGUUUGACAAGUCGGAUAAUGAUUCUGGCGAGGAGGAAGCAAUGGAGGAGAAUGAGGAGGAGGAAGAAGAUGAAGAGAUGGAGGAGGGAGAGGUGGACCAAAAUUUUCGCUUGGAGCUGAUGAAGGUCCUGCAGCAGCAGAACGCUCUGGCCACCGAGGAAAACGCCAGCAGCGAUGAAGAUCUGGAUGAUGAAGCCAUGAUGAAGCUCGAUAAGAGCCUGUCAGCGCUGUUCUCGGAACAGAAGAAGAAGGUCCAGGCAAAGAAAGAUGAGAAGACGAAGCUGCAGAAGGAGAGGGUUCUGGUCCGAGACUUUAAGAUUAAGGUGUUGGAUCUGGUUGAGGUGUUCGUGGCCCGGCAGGCUGGCAGCCCUCUCAUUCUGGGUUUAGUGGAGCCUCUGCUGAACAUUAUCGACAGAGGAAUGAGCUCCGGGAGUGACCAGCAGGAGCAGGACUUCCUCCGGAGGGCUGCAGAUAUCUUCAGGAAUCAUUUGUGCAGGUCCAAAGUUUACUGCAGGACCGCCGGUGACAGGCAGGGGGAGCUCCACGACCUGCUGGACAAACUGAUGAGUAAAGCCCAGAAGCUGUCGGACUCCUCUGUGUGUCUCUACUACUUCAGUGCGUCUCUUUAUGUGGUGAAAGUGCUGCGUGGAGCUCUACCUGCUGAGACCAAAGAAGAGCUGACAGCUGACGGAGCAGCAGCAGCAGUAAAUGAUCCCAAGUUUAUGGGGAACGUAGAUGUGGAUCGGGUGUCGCGCCUCUUCAGAGAGGCUCUGAUCUCCUUCAUGAGCCGAAGGAAGAGUCCUCUGACCUCUCAGAUGUUCAGCGACUUGUUCACCAGAUUUCCCGUUUUAUGUGUGAACCUCCUGGAUACAGCUGUGCAGCACAUCACGUCAGGAGUCCGAGAACAUCAGCAGGGUCAAGCGUGUGUGUUGGUGUUGCGGGCGAUGCAGAGCAGGGACGUCCAGCAGCUUCUGAGCAGUGAUGAGUGGACGCAGCUCUGUGAGAAGGUCUCAAAGCAGCUGGGUUUGAGUCUUGGUCAGGUGGACCAAGCUGAGAGCAAGGUGGUCAAAGAGAAGAUGGUUAAAACCCUGGAGCUCUGUCAGUUUGUGGUAAAGAACAUCCAUCAGCAGAAACUGUCUGUGGACCUGGAGCCCCUAAAGGAGGUCCUACAGUCCUUGACCAGCCAUGUCACGUUCAAGAAGACUGGAAAACUGGAGGAUACCUACUGGGCUGUGAUGAAACACUUUGGAGUGAUGAAGCCCAAAGUUGAGAAGACAAAGCCCGACAAGGACAGCGAGCAGGAAGCUGCUCCCAAGAAGAAGAAAGGUUUCCUGCCAGAAACAAAGAAACGUAUAAAGCGCAACAAACCUGUUCUGGAGCCAGCAGCAGACAAGUCGGCCUCCACCAACAAACCAGGGGAGCAGAAGGGACACCCCAAAAAGAAACAGGACAAGAAGACUAAACAGAAACGACCAGCUAAUGGCGCGGCUGCUUCACAGUCCAACCCGGCCAAGAAGAGCAAAACACAACCUGACAGCAAAGCUGGCAAGAAGAAGAAGAAGAAAGCCAAGCAGAAGAAGGGAGGAGAGCAAUGAUAAUGUGGACUAUUUAAACCGAGACAAAAAAUCUUCUUUUAAACAGCCAGUUUUUUUUUUUUUUUUCGCUACCACCUCAGCUUUGACUGUAUGUUUACUCCAAUAUACACAAAAACUGAGAUGUGUAAGAAGUGUAUUGAAAGAUUAUUUUUUCUAACAUGUGACUGCUGUUGAUUUAAAAACUGUCUGAAACAAUAAAAAAUGUGUUUCUCAGCCUUUAAA